AGGCGGCAAUGGCUGCUGUUCAAGUGCAUACGACAAAGCCGGACAGUGCAUCGCCUUGUGACAGAGAAACUUUCUCCGAAGAGUUUGGAUCCGACAGUGGCGACGAAGUUUUACUCUGCGAUGCAGACUUGGAGCUGAACCCCUUUGAUGGGCUGCCUUACUCCUCUCGCUAUUACAAACUCCACCAAGAACGAAAGCAGUUACCGGUGUGGGGAGCAAAGAGCGCCUUAAUGGCGAGUUUUGUGAGUAAUUCCUUUAUCAUCCUAUGUGGAAACGCCAGGAUCGGGAAAAGCAGUCAGAUCCCACAGUGGUGUGCAGAACACUGUCUUUCUUCCAAGUAUCAGCAUGGUGUUGUGGUGUGUACACAGACUCAUAAGCAGACGGCUGUCAGCCUUGCACUUCGCGUGGCAGAUGAAAUGGAUGUCAACAUAGGGCAUGAAGUGGGCUACACAAUUCCAUUUGAAAACUGCUGCAUCAAUGAAACUAUCCUGAGAUACAGCACAGAUGAUAUGCUACUGCAGGAAAUGAUGUCAGAUCCUCUAUUGGAGCACUAUGGUGUUAUCGUUAUUGAUGAAACUCACAAAAGAACAGUUUCCACAGAUGUACUACUAGGCCUUCUAAAAGACAUUGUGAGACAAAGGCCGGAACUAAAAGUUGUAAUAAUAAGCUCUCCUCAUAUGUCCAAGAAGCUGCAUUCCUUUUAUGGCAAUGUUCCUCUCAUACAAGUGGAAAAUGAAGAACCCAUUGGAUAUCCCGUUGAGGUUGUUUACAGUUGCAUACCUCCAGAAAACUAUUUCAUGCCUGCACUUAAGCUGCUGUUUGAGAUACAUCAUACAAGGGAAAAGGGCGAUAUUGCAAUUUUUCUAUCCUGUAUAAAGGAAAUUGAUGAGGCCUGCAACAUAAUCAGACGAGAAAGUUCUAAACUGCACCCAAUGUUAGGAGAACUUGUGCCAGUUCCUUUUUACCCAGAGCAGAGUAGGUAUGUUGAUGGACCAAGUGACAUAUUGGAGAAGAACUCCAGGCAGUACAAAAGGAGAGUGCUACUGACCACAAGUAUGGGAGAAUCCUUAAUUUGCAUAGAGAAUGUCAAGUUUGUCAUCGAUGUGGGCAUGGAAAAAAAGAAUGUUUACAAUCCAAGAAUACGAGCAGAUUCCUUAGUGACACAACCCAUCAGCAAAAUCCAGGCUGACAUGCGUACACAGAUCAGGGGCUUAGCUGGAUUGGGUAAAUGUUUCCGAUUAUACACUGAAGAAUUUCUGAAGAAAGAGAUGACAGAGCUUUCACCAGCUUGUGUACUAGAAUCCAAGCUUACUCGCAUGGUUUUAUUCCUGAAAAGAAUGGCUAUAGCAGACAUGGGCCAGUGUGACUUUAUUGAUAAGCCAGCCCCUGAAGCCCUAAUGCAGGCAUUAGAAGACCUUGAUUACCUUGCAGCCCUGGAUGAUGAUGGAAAUCUGUCAGAAAUUGGAAUCAUUAUGUCAGAGUUCCCACUGGAUCCCCAAAUGGCAAAAGCUCUUGUUGCAUCCUGUGAAUUUGAUUGUGUGCAUGAAAUGUUAACAAUAGCUGCCAUGGUAACAGCUCCCUUUUGUUUCUUGGAUCCACCUCCUGGUUCAGAGGAAAUUGCAUGCACUUGUCGGAGGAAAUUUUUGCAUUCAGAGGGUGAUCACUUUACCCUUAUAAAUGUUUACAAUGCAUACAAGCAGAACAAGCUGUUAUCAUCAAACCAAUUCUGUGAAGAUGAAAAGUGGUGCCAUGACAAUUUCUUGAAUUGCUCUGCUCUGAGGACAGCAGAUGCCAUCCGAGCUGACCUACUGGAAAUUAUGCAGCGCAUUGAAUUACCCAUUUCAAAACCUGCUUUUGGUACACACAAGAAUUCACUGAAUGUGAAAAGAGCUUUGUUAUCUGGUUAUUUCAUGCAGACAGCUCGAGACGUUGAUGGAUUAGGAAACUAUGUCAUGCUAACGCACAAACAUGUAGCACAGCUGCACCCUUUCUCAAGCUACUGUUCCACAAAAUUAAAACCAGAAUGGGUUUUGUUCCAUGAAUUUACAAUAUCUGAGAACAACUGCAUCAGGAUCGUUUCAGAUGUAUCACCUGAAAUGUUUGUACAGCUGGCUCCUCAGUAUUACUUCACCAACCUACCCCCUAGUGAGAGCAAGGAACUCCUACAGGAAAUCAUUGAUCACUUCUCAAAACUGUCAGAUGGAGAGGAACAGCAUGUAUCCAACAAAGAAAACAAGCAAGAAGAUCUUAGCCACCAGCAUGAAGACAGAUGUGUGAUUCAAUGA